AUGCCUUCUGGCCGCACUCUUCGUUCGCGAGCUGCACUGACUAAAUCAUCAAGCAACGGGCCUUCUGCUGGUUCUAUGGCAAGGCCGCAGAGAACUGCCGGGGGGCUACCAUCUUCCCCGGCAGUCACAGUUUCUCGGUCUCCGUCAAGUCCUCCUGAAGAAACUAAGAGAUCGAUCCGUUUAACUGUAAAGAUGCCAUCGAGCAAGCUUCGCGAGGUUACGUCUGCAGAUUUACGGCCGCAUAACAUAUUUACGGAACCGGUAGUCAUUACUGGUCCAAGAAGUAGUCGAUCGAAAAAGAAAAUAGUUGAAGUGGACAGCGACGAUGACGAGGAGGAGGAAGAAGAAGAAGAGGAAGACGAGGAAGAGGAGGAGGAUGAAGAUGAAGAAGAGGAUGAAGAAGCAGAGGAUGACGAUAUAGAGUCUGCUUUGGAAGAGGAAGAAGGUAUUGAUGAAAUGGCAGCAAGUGAUGACCCUGACGCCGAUGCUGAAGCGGAUGAAGAUGUGGACGCCGAGGGUGAACCUGAUCCGGACAUCGAUGCAGACGGUGACAUUGACAUGGAUGAUGCUCCGCCUGUUUCUCAGCACCCUCGGCCGCGACCAACCGUGACUGUUACUCCGGCAGCAGCUGCCAAGGUCAGAAAUGUUGAGGCCAGAAACGUCAAUUUAGAUGAGGAAGAGGACGAUGACGACGAAGAGUUAUCUGAAUUGGAAUCCGAAGCUGGAGCGGAAAAAGGAGACGACACAGUCCUUCAAGAGGAGGUAGAAGAAGAGGAAGCUGAAGAGGAGGAAGAAGACAUAGAAGAAGACGAUGAGGAUGAAACUGCUACCCCUAUGGAAGCCAGCCGAGCAAGUUCUCCUGGAUAUACGAACCGAAUGACUAAACGGCAAAGAGAACGCUUACAAUUUGGAGAUUUCUUACAAUUACCUAUGGAACCCCAAGUUAAAAAACAUUUGACGGCAGAGGAACACGCCAUGCGCCGCGCCGAAAUGGCGAGGCGAAGAAAGAAUCUUAGCGAGAAGCGCAAUGAGGAAGAAAAGAUGGAUACUAUCAACAAGCUCCUCAAGAAGCAGGCGCCGAAACGGCGAGGAAAAAUAAGUGCCGCGGAGACCGCUGGAGAGGCAUCUCCCCACGUUCAAGAGUCCGAGGAGAUUUUCAGGCCGGAGCCUACGAUGAUGCGCUAUAUAUUGAAUAAGGAUGGUUGCAGACUGGGUAUACCAGAGGAGUGGUCCGGAACACCCGCUGGCCGAAUCUUUGAAAGUUCUACCAUGAACUCUAAUGGUCACAGUCAUCAUAGACUUGUGGAAGAAAUAUGA